UGUGUGUCUGUGUGUCUUUUUUCUCUUCAACAUGAACAUCAAACUAUAAUAUCAGCCGCUAAAUAACUAUUUUGUGAAGUCUGGUGUUAUAUGAAACUGCAAAAGAUGAUGAUAAUCAGUAAAAGACAAUUACAUCAAGAAUUAAAGCCACAUCCCCCUGAAACUAUGUUGCACUUUCCUUGCCCAUAGCUUUAGACAUGCACAGUCCUUGUUAGGCAGCCAUUUAAUUCUGUUGCAAUGUUGAGGAAUCUAUAUCAGCUUUUUAAAUCUGGAAACUUCUUCCCUGUAGGUUAGCAUUUUAAAAAAUGCCGUGCCAUCCAUUUUCUAAUGUCAGUUGAAAAUGAAACUGUCUAUUGGACUGAAGAUGUUUUGCUAUUCAUCCAUUUGACUCAUCUAAGAAGCUAAGCCACUGACUCAUUUAAAGAAUGACUACCAGCUCCACUGGAAGCUAUGGAGCUACUAGUUUUUCAGCCAUAUCUCCCUUUCGGCUGUAGCAAUAUCGCGAACAUGUAUAUAUGUUUGCUAACUGCUGAUUGUCUGUUCCACAGUGAGAAGGCACCUAAACAAGUGCCUGCAGUUCAACAUUGUUAUGCUGAAGUGCGCCUAGGUCAAGAGAGUCAGAGGAAGAUUUCUUUGGGUGAUUCCACAGGACUAGGUGUCAGAUCAAAAAGUUACAAUGUUGUGAUGGUUGGAGAUGCCAGUGUAGGCAAGACGUCCUUCAUGAAAAGAGCUCAAAGUGGGAAGUUCUCUUUAGAUUUACCUUCUUCUGUUGGCCUUGAUUCCUGCAUGUGGACUGUGGUAGUGGAUGGAAAACCUGUGGUGCUACAGUUAUGGGAUACAGCAGGCCAGGAAAGGUUUCGCAGCAUCACAAGACAAAUUUUUCAUAAAGCCCACGCAUUUCUCUUGAUGUACGACAUCGCAUCCUCUCAGAGCUUCUCUGCAGUCAGUUACUGGGCAGACUGUAUUCAGGAAGGAGCUGCAGAAAACAUGAGCAUUUUGCUCCUUGGGAAUAAGAGUGACCAUGAAAAACGGCAGGUUAACACUCAGCAGGGGGAAAUUCUGGCUAAGGAGUACCAAUUUGAAUUCAUGGAGUGUAGCGCUGCCACUGGUGAAAAUGUGAUUCACUCUUUGGAAACUGUGGCCAGGAUGUUGAUUCAAAAGUUUGACACCAGAGAGGAAGCAGUGGUGUUGCACAAAGAGCCCCAACAGAAAAAGAAAUCAGGAUGUUGCUGAACAGAUGUGUUUGUCUAAGAAAUCAGACAAGUGGUGAAAUCCUGCACGUAUUGGACAUUCUGUACUGGUUUGACUGGUAUUUCUACAUCUGAUACACAAAACAUUCUUUAAUUCAAUGCACAUUAUGCUAAUUUACACAAAUGUUUAAAUGUUAAAAUUCCUUUUUUAAACUUAUCUUUUGCCAACUUUUUUUUCUUAACAGGUUAUUAAUUUAGAGGGCAACCUAAAGUAAGAAUUUUCUGAGAAAUGCCACUGAGAAGCCACAGAGGAAACUUUAGGCUUUCUGAGUGUUUUGAUGUGUAGUUACUGUGCACCAUUAUGUACAUAUACUAUAGCUUACUCUUUAAUACAGUCAAUAAACACUUCUAAGGUAAUCAGACAGUUAUUAUGCAUCUCGCAUAAUGGAUUUUUUAAAAUUUUGCUAAUUGCUACAAAAUGUAUCUUUUUAUCUUGUUAGCUUAACAUUCCUUCAGGAAUAUGAAAUAUUUGCAGUGCCCUAUUAUUGUAUUCAAAUGAUCACAUUAAAGGUGCAGUGUGUGAAGGUUUUGUGACAUCUAGUGGUGAGCUUGCAGAUUGCAAUGUUCAACAAAGUUCUCAUACUUCUUAAACAGCCCUCACCUCUGUUUCACAGCGAUUACUGUAAAUGCUGGACAAAUCGUGCACUUGGAAAACAAAUGCGGCUGACUUAAUCAAGCAAAAGUAACGGCAGCUCACGUCACAGCAGUGGGUUAACCAGCACUGUUCAGAUUCUAGCUAAAGCUAUGAAACACAAACCUGCAUUUAGUUAACUUGACUUCUCAGGCUAAAUAACCUGCCCAGCAGAAAAUGGACAACUUGGGCACCAUUCAGGAAACAUUUGUCCCUCAUCAGAGAUUUCUAUCUGGGAAAGGCCACACCGCAGUUUAUCUUGGUUUUGUGCUGUCACCUAUCCCGUUUCUUUGUGUCUCAAUGGGAAUUCAGUUCUUUUUUGUGUUAAAGUUCAACUAUGAUCCUCCAGUUCUUCAAAUUAUAGUUUUAAAACUCACGACAAUGCUUCCUUGUUUCUAACGUUACUACUUCUUCGGCUUCCAAUUGUCUCUAAAUCAUUACUCCAAAUCCAAGCUGAUACGUAAAAAUGAGAAAUUCACGCUCUAGAGCCAGAGUGUGGUUUGUCCGUUCUGGGCUACUGUAAAAAACACGGCAGCUUAACAUGGUAGCCUCCGUGAUAGGAGACCCACUCCUACGUAGAUAAAAGGCUCAUUCUAAAGUAAAGAAAACGUAACAAUACUUGUUAUCUGGUGAUUACAUAUGCAUAAAAACAUAAGUAUGCAUACUGUAGCCCAUUUCUGCUAAUAAAUCCUUCUAAAUCUUACACACUGCCCCUUUAAGUUAAUAUUUAUUUUGAAGCUGUAUUAACUAAUACCCGUGAGAAAUUAAGUAUUUUGUCCUUUGGCACUUUGUGUAAAAAAAAAAAAAAAACAGUGACCACAAAGAGGAACUUCUCUAUUGCACAGCUACUGAAUGUUUGUUCCACAUUGCCUGUACUUUAUGAAAACUAAGUCUUCAUUUUAAUUUCAUUAAUAAAUAUAUUUUAAAUGUAUGUUUAAAUUUGUGCUUGAUAUGCUCACUUUAGAGUACACAUACAUACGACUGUACAUUUGUGUUUACAAGCAACUUGUGCAAUAGAGAAACAAUAUUUUCGUUUUUGUAGCCAUUUAGUAUAGUGUUAUUCAAUAAUUAGUGUUUGAUUUAAUGUUAUCAUCUUAAAUAAAUGUCAAGCCUUCACAAUGUAAGACAGCUG